AAGAAGACAAAAAUAACUAAAACUUUGGGUCUAAAAUAAAAACUGAGGCUAGGCCCAUAUGUGCCCGUCCUCAUAUACAUGGGCCAGAAGGCACGGACCAUUUGAGCCGGUCCUCAAAAGCCCAAGCUCGACUAAUCCACGCUCCUCUGGCCUCUCUCCUCCGGCUUUAGCCUUCGCUUCAUAACGCCAAUCUUGGCAUUACCGCUUUUCACCCUGAACGGUUUCUCUCUCUCUCUGAUUGCUCCUCCACGAAUUCUACCAUGCGGUGACGUUUUAGGCCGUCUCAACCAGCUCUUCAAGGGAGUCAACUCACGGGUCCUUUCGAUGCUCUUUUUGCGUGGGCCAGUUCUUCCCCGACGAACGGGACCGGCUUGAUGAAUUAAUGGACUAUGUAGAAGGCCGGGCCCAAAUUCCUCUCCCAACUUCAUCGGCGAUUAUGGCAUCGGUGCGGCGAGGGUUUUAUCGGCCAUUUCGAAAAACUCCGCCGAUCAAGGUUUCAAAAUGGACGGUUUCAAUGUGUGCGACCAUUUGUUUUGGUUAAAAGGCAGCGGCAAGUUCACUAUCCAUGGUUGUUCUUUUGAGUUCCUUAGUUUUAAUAAUGAAUGGCCAAGUGGUGUCACAAAUAGAGCCACUGCAUCAGAUAUUCCUGCAGGAAUCUUGGAUUCUUCUGGCAGUGAUUCCACUGUAUCCCAAUUAGUCGCAGAGAUCAAACCACGUUAUCACAUUGCAGGCAAUAAGGGUGCAUUUUAUGCUCGUGAACCUUAUGCUAAUGUUGAUGCCGUGCAUGUAACUCGGUUCUUGGGUCUUGCUUCUGUUGGGAAUAAAGAGAAACAGUGCCUGGUACAAUUUCCUGUGCUCUGCUUAGCUCUGUCCUCCUUUUUGAGAGUUCAUGCAUCCCUGCAAGGAACACACCAGAGAAAAGAGAAAAAAAGGAAAGAAGAUUCAACAGCAUUAUAUUUUUUGUCUGGAAGAAUUUCUGCAUCUACUCCACAGAAAGUUCUUCAUGCACUUUCUCCAACUUUGUCAUCUGCCAUGUCAGCAGCUGAGAUUAGUGUAAAGCCACCAAAUGCUACCAUAUCACCAUAUACAUUAGCAGACCAAGUGGAUCGUCCUAAAGAAGCCACAAAGAGAGCUAGUGAUAAUGUUCUUGAUUCACAAUACUGGAGAUAUGAUGUGUCACAAAAGCAUGGGAUGGUGAUGGUAAUAAGGUGUGUUUUGGUUAAAUGCAGCUAAUGAUCAGCAUACUUUUUUUUUGUUAUAAAGAAUGACCAACAUACUUUAAUCUCUAUAGCUAACGUUUAAGAGAUGGAUUUGUCACAAUGACAAAAAGAAUGAUUGGUGUGAAAUCCUAUGCGGGUUCUGGCAGGCCUACUGAACAUGGCGGAUAGGGCUGAUUGGAGGAAUUUUACACUUGACAAAGAAAAGGAAACAAAUCUGGCAAAAAUUUUCAAAAAAUGGUUCGAAGUAUUUGAUCCGAGUCAAUAAUUUUAGAAAAGGAUACUAUGUUCCAGCAACAAAGUGCUUAUAUCAAUGAACAGGAGCUCCAAUCAAUAGCGUUCUCAUAACAAAGUGUGUCCGAUAAUGUUCUUAAUCAGUUUGGAAAGAGGAUGAACCCCUAGGGGCCUUUGGUUAAGGGCAUCUUACUCCGACUACAUGGGCAUCUAGUUGCCAAAGGGUCAUCUUUGAUUCUGGGAAUCCAAAAUUUUUGACCAUAUCCAAAUUGCCCUUUAAAUGCAAGGUGAAAUUUUAUCAAAACUAUUUUCCAUUAUCCUUCUAUCUGUAUAAUAUGUUUUAAAACUGGUGAAAUCCUUUAAUCUACAGGCUGUCCAUCCUUUAAUCAAGAGCUGGGACAGCCUUCACAGUCAUAACAACCCUACUACUUUACCUUUGCAAAAGGACCGAUAGUCCGUCAGUCUUUACUGUUAAUAUUUCUAGUUCUCGUUUUCCUUUUAAAUAUAGAGUUGUGAUGUCUUAUGUUAUAGUAUUUGUACACUUUUCCUUUUCGAGCAAGGUGAAAAAAAGGGGAAAUUUUUCUAUACAAACAUCUUGCAUUGAAGUUCUCUGUCGAUCUUGACCUCGCCUUGUAUUUUGUAUUUUUCCAUAAAUGGGCGGCGGAAGACUUGAAUCAGGGUAUUCUGCACCAAACCGUCGUAGAUUGGUUAGGUGUGCGUCAAUGCCUGGGCCUUAACAUUAAGACCAGGGUCUAUUGAUAUUAAAGUCAAAUCAUCAAAACGAAUGGGUCUUUGGUCAUGAAAGUUUCCUUGCUGGUUAGGUUAGGUAAAAGGGAUCCAAAACCAAUUUGGUGGAAUAUCACUCAAAGGUCGGCUCUUUUUUCAGCCUUAAAAAUGCCAAAUCAAAUCCAUAGAAUAUAUGCAAAAUAAUAAUAAUAAAAACAAAUCAGACUGCUAAAAUAUGCAGGUUACGGUAUAUCUCCACAUGGUUUUGCUAAAAAGUAGUUGAAGCCCUUGUGGAAUGGUCCUUGUUGGGCUGCAGAAAAAAAAAAGAAAAGAUGAUGGUACCCUUGGCGAAAAUGGAGGAGUGUGAGGUAAGAAAACUGUCAUAACUCUCCGAACCUGAGGGGGGAGGGGAGGAGGGGGUACUGCGUUCUGCUGCCUGGUAUUAGUGAUGCAGAAUGUGGGGGCUAUGCUAUUACAAAGUAAUAAUACAAUUGAGACAAACAUAUGGUGCUAUCUGUGCUUGAUUUCAAUCGGUCCGCUAGAAAUCUAGCUGGGGACGGUGGUAGAAAUUUCAGUUUUGAAAUGAUUGUUUUUUUCUUGUGGGGCUAAAUUAUACUAAUACUAAGACAAAUAAAGACGGUUUUCUUUUCUUGAUUUUUCAAAGGUUCACUCAAAAUCUAGCAGGGGUGGAAUAGGAAAUUAAAAGGAGGGAGGAUUGUCUACAUCCACAUCUUUGCUUAUUGUCUGAUAAGAUAAAAAAGAAAUGGAUGAA